CUUGUAUAUCAGAAUGCUCGUACGUUCUCGCGGGAAAGGACGAGAUAACCUUCAAUCCUGACCUUUGACAUCUUCAAAAUGAAAGUUGGUGUUCUGGAUUAUCGAGUUACGGUGUUUUCAUGGUCAACCUUCAUGCCAAAGUAUGUUUGAACCCUUCAAAAUAGUACGAUCUUGAUGGUGUAUACUCGCACAGUCGCCAGAUACCAAUGCUGUCACAUCGCGCUGUUUGGGCGAACUGUGUCCGGGGAAGGACCAGAGGAGGACGGUGGCCUCGCAGUUCCCAAACAAAGUCACCUCAGCUCUGUCACAAAAACACAAACCCUGACGUGAGAUGGGUGAGUUCCGGCGUGGACAGGCGCCAGCUCCACGCGACACAGGAGGAAGUGCCGGCGCAGAAGCCGCUGCCACCCCAGGCACAAGUGGUGAUCGCAGGGGGAGGGGCGAUCGGCUGUUCUGUGGCUUAUCACCUGGCUAAGUUCGGCUGGACAGAUGUGGUACUAUUGGAGCAGGGAAGACUAAGCUGUGGUACAACAUGGCAUGCUGCCGGCUGCUGUGCCAUGCUGGUAGAGGGGAUCCUGCGAGAGAUGUUUGAGUACAGCAAACAGCUGUAUCCAACGUUAGAGGCUGAGACUGGUGUUAACACAGGCUGGCAACAGACUGGCUCUAUAUAUGUAGCUCGUACAGAGGACAGAAUGACAGCAUACAGAAGACAUGCAGAUGCAAUAAGGGCGAUGGGAGUGGAGUGUGAUCUGGUCAGUCCCAGAGAUGUGAGUGUUUAUCACCCCUUACUGAGGGUGGAUGACCUGAAGGGUGCAUUGUGGGUACCAGGAGACGGGGUGGCUACAGCAGCUGAUGUCACACAAGCUCUGGCUAAGGGGGCGACAAUGAAAGGUGUUCAGAUCCAUGAGAAAGUUGGUGUGGAGAAAGUUUUGACAUCAGAUGGUCGAGUGAGCGGUGUCAGAACAAACAAGGGAGACAUCAGAUGUGACAACUUUGUCAACUGCACUGGGCAGUACGAUCUUGAUGGUGUAUACUCGCACAGUUGCCAGAUACCAAUGCUGUCACAUCGCGCUGUUUGGGCGAACUGUGUCCGGGGAAGGACCAGAGGAGGACGGUGGCCUCGCAGUUCCCAAACAAAGUCACCUCAGCUCUGCCACAAAAACACAAACCCUGACGUGAGAUGGGUGAGUUCCGGCGUGGACAGGCGCCAGCUCCACGCGACACAGGAGGAAGUGCCGGCGCAGAAGCCGCUGCCACCCCAGGCACAAGUGGUGAUCGCAGGGGGAGGGGCUAUCGGCUGUUCUGUGGCUUAUCACCUGGCUAAGUUCGGCUGGACAGAUGUGGUGCUAUUGGAGCAGGGAAGACUAAGCUGUGGUACAACAUGGCAUGCUGCCGGCUGCUGUGCCAUGCUGGUAGAGGGGAUCCUGCGAGAGAUGUUUGAGUACAGCAAACAGCUGUAUCCAACAUUAGAGGCCGAGACCAAUGUUAACACAGGCUGGCAACAGACUGGUUCUAUAUAUGUAGCUCGUACAGAGGACAGAAUGACCGCAUACAGAAGACAUGCAGAUGCAAUAAGGGCGAUGGGAGUGGAGUGUGAUCUGGUCAGUCCCAGAGAUGUGAGUGUUUAUCACCCCUUACUGAGAGUGGAUGACCUGAAGGGUGCAUUGUGGGUACCAGGAGACGGGGUGGCUACUGCAGCUGAUGUCACACAAGCUCUGGCUAAGGGGGCGACAAUGAAAGGUGUUCAGAUCCACGAGAAAGUUGGUGUGGAGAAAGUUUUGACAUCAGAUGGUCGAGUGAGCGGUGUCAGAACAAACAAGGGAGACAUCAGAUGUGACAACUUUGUCAACUGCACUGGGCAGUGGGCUUGGGAGUUGGGACAACAGUCCAGUCCUAGUGUGCGGGUCCCACUGCACUCCUGUGAACACUUCUACAUUAUAACCGACCCAGUGGCAGGAGCAAACAUCACAACACCAGUUGCACAAGAUCCAGAUGGCUAUAACUACCUGCGGGAGUGGAAUGGUGGCUUUAUCUGUGGUGGAUUUGAGCCCAAACCUAAACCUGUCUUCACUGACGGUAUUCCUUCCCCAUUUGAGUUCCAACUGCUGGAGGAAGACUGGGAUCAUUUCCAGCCAGUUUUGGAGCAGAUUCUACUCCGCAUGCCAGCACUCAAGGAGGUCAAGGUGAAAAAGUUCCUGAAUGGACCAGAGAGCUUCACCCCUGACUUAUUCCCCAACAUGGGACAGGCUCCUGAGGUGCCAGGCUACUUCGUAGCUGCCGGGAUGAACUCAGGAGGAAUCGCCAGUGCAGGUGGUGUGGGGAAGGUCAUGGCUGAAUGGAUCAUCUCAGGGGACCCUCCUGCUGGCACCUGGCCGGUCGACAUCCGCAGGUUUGGAGAGAUGCACAACAACAGGAGAUACCUUAGGGAAAGGGUCAAGGAGAUAUUACCAAUGCCGUAUGCACAGCCGUACCCCAAGCCAGAAUUCCAGUCUGCCAGAAAGAUGCGCAUGUCACCCCUGUACACCACCCUGGAGAAGGCCGGGGCUGUGUUUGGGGUCAAGAUGGGGUAUGAGAGGGCCAACUGGUUCUCCAAGCCUGAGUCUGAUGAUUUCAUGGAUGUCCCGUCUGGCUGGCAGGCAGGCCAGGGGACGUUUGGGAAGCCUCCAUGGUUUGAUGCUGUUCGUGAAGAGUACCUGGCCUGUCAAAUGAAUUACGUAUGUCUAUUUCAGUGGGCUUGGGAGUUGGGACAACAGUCCAGUCCUAGUGUGCGGGUCCCACUGCACUCCUGUGAACACUUCUACAUUAUAACCGACCCAGUGGCAGGAGCGAACAUCACAACACCAGUUGCACAAGAUCCAGAUGGCUAUAACUACCUGCGGGAGUGGAAUGGUGGAUUUAUCUGUGGUGGCUUUGAGCCCAAACCUAAACCUGUCUUCACUGACGGUAUUCCUUCCCCGUUUGAGUUCCAACUGCUGGAGGAAGACUGGGAUCAUUUCCAGCCAGUUUUGGAGCAGAUUCUACUCCGAAUGCCAGCACUCAAGGAGGUCAAGGUGAAAAAGUUCCUGAAUGGCCCAGAGAGCUUCACCCCUGACCUAUUCCCCAACAUGGGACAGGCUCCUGAGCUGCCAGGCUACUUUGUAGCUGCUGGGAUGAACUCAGGAGGAAUCGCCAGUGCAGGUGGUGUGGGGAAGGUCAUGGCUGAAUGGAUCAUCUCAGGGGACCCUCCUGCUGGCACCUGGCCGGUCGACAUCCGCAGGUUUGGAGAGAUGCACAACAACAGGAGAUACCUCAGGGAAAGGGUCAAGGAGAUAUUACCAAUGCCGUAUGCACAGCCGUACCCCAAGCCAGAAUUCCAGUCUGCCAGAAAGAUGCGCAUGUCACCCCUGUACACCACGCUGGAGAAGGCCGGGGCUGUGUUUGGGGUCAAGAUGGGGUAUGAGAGGGCCAACUGGUUCUCCAAGCCUGAGUCUGAUGAUUUCAUGGACGUCCCGUCUGGCUGGCAGGCAGGCCAGGGGACGUUUGGGAAGCCUCCGUGGUUUGAUGCUGUUCGUGAAGAGUACCUGGCCUGUCGUCAAAACGUCGCCGUCAUGGACAUGUCAUCCUUCACCAAGUUAGAAGUCCGAUCUGCAGGUGAUGAGGUGGUGACGUACCUACAGAGGCUGUGCUGUAAUGAGGUGGAUGUUCCGGUGGGGACGGUGCUGCAUACCGGCAUGCUCAACCACUACGGAGGCUACGAGAAUGACUGCAGCCUGGCACGCCUAGCGGAGAACAUGUACCUCAUCAUCUCACCAUCCAAUCAGAUGGUGCGAAGCUGGGAAUGGCUACACCGUCACCUCCCUAAGGAAGGGACCGUGCAAAUCAGGGAUAUCACACCAUACUACGCCGCCAUCAAUGUCCUUGGGCCAAGGUCACGGGAGCUGAUGGCAGAACUGACGGACACGGUCACCAUGAGCAGCCAGUACUUCCCGUCUUUCACCUGCAGGGAGCUGAGUAUUGGAUUUGCCCCACGUAUUCGUGCCAUGAGCCUGAGCCACUCUGGAGAGCUGGGCUGGAUGUUAUAUGUACCACAGGAGUAUGCACUCCAUGUAUACGACCACAUCAUGCACAAGGGCAGAGAUUUUGGCAUCCGCAAUGUUGGCUACUACACCAUCGCUCAUCUCCGCAUGGAGCGGGCUUUCGCUUUCUGGGGAAUCGACCUGGAUGCAUCUGUGACCCCGUUUGAGUGUCAGCGAGAGCACAGGGUCAAGUUUGGGAAGGGAGUGGACUUCAUUGGUCGAUCUGCCCUGCUCAAACAGAAGCAGGAGGGAGUGAGGCAGAAAUUUGUCAUGUUCCUAUUGGACAAUCAUGACCUGGAGAAUGACCUUUGGCCUUGGGGAGGGGAGCCAAUCUGGGAGGGUGGAAGGGUCGUUGGCAGGACGACGUCAGCAGGCUAUGGAUACACUCUGAAGAAACAGGUCUGCCUUGGUUUUGUGCGCAACCCCGACCCACAGACAGGAGAGCGUCAGGUCAUCACCACCAACUUCAUCACCAAGAGCAAGUUCGAGAUCCAAAUAGCAGGGAAGAAGUUCAGCGCUGCAGCACGGUUGUUCCCACCACAGAUGUAAACUAAAGAAUUCUGUGUCGCAAAUUUUUCAUUGUGUAACAGUUCACAUGUAUAUACUCAGUCUAUGUGGUCUAGAUAUACAGAUGUCAAAGAUAAUCACAGAUGCAAUGUAAAGAUUCUACUUGUAUGUCAAUGUCUGCUCAACAGCAAUACCUGCUGAACAGAUCUAGACAGUAAUGUUAAUCACUUGGUUUCAAUCAAGAACUUAUUGAUGGGGACCUUGCAAAGUCUUGACCAUUAUAAAGCAUUAUACUCUUGCAAACUGCAAGUCCAAUCCCUUCCCAAACUCUACUGUAGUCAUGGAGCUGAAUUAACUUGUUUAGUGGUAUUAUGUGACUCGAAGAUCACAUGUACAUUGUACAUACUAGGGAUACAAAAGCAUAAUUCUAUGAAUGUCAUCAGCAUAUCAUACUUUGUCCUGCAGAUGUUAUUCUUUGCUUGUAUGUUGUCGGUUAAGUGUUGCUUUAUUGUCUGGUUGUUGUAAUUCAAAUGUAAUAAAAAGGAGCAUGUCAUA